CACUAUGCAGCAGAAGCUCUUCAUUGUUUUUUUUUCAACAAAAUGGCAGAAACAACGCUAUCAAAUCGUGCUUAUUGCAAGCUUAUAAUGCAUGCUGCAAAAUAUCCACAUGCCUCCGUGAAUGGUGUACUCCUUGCAGAAAAGAGGAAACUGAAAGAAAAUAAAAUCCUUCGAUUUGUAGACUGUGUACCACUGUUUCAUUUAUCGUUGGGUUUAGUUCCCAUGUUGGAGGUAUCUCUUCUACAGAUUGAUUCACAUUGUCAAGCAAAUGGUUUGGUAAUAGCUGGUUAUUAUCAUGCAAAUGAGCAUCUUAAAGACUCUAACCCAAGUCCAAUAGCUCUGAAGAUAGCUGAUAAAGUAUAUGACAACUGCAAUGAAGCAUGCUUAUUUAUGAUUGACAACACUAAGAUGAUUAUUGAUUGUGACCAGUGUGUUCUUAAACACUACACUGUACAAGACAACAAAUGGAAAUUGAAGUCAUCCAAUUCACCUCUGCUGAGUGAUAAUUGUCUGACGAUUGCAGGGGACCUCCUCAAGGACAAAGUGUACCAGGAUUUAAUCGACUUUGACAGCCAUUUAGAUGAUAUAACUAAGGAAUGGUUGAAUCCGGAACUCAAUAGCCAUCUAAAUACAUGUACGUAGUCUCCAGUAAUCAAUCAAGGAUUUACAUAUCAAAUUAAAAUAAUAAUAACAAUAGUGGUUGCUUAUUACUCAGGUCUGUCACGCAGUGACGCUCAAGGCGUUUCAACAUUAUAACCCCUGGUCACUGGUCCUUAAAACUGGGGAGUUUACAGGCUGUGCCGCCAAAUGUAGCACACUGAGCUAAUCAAUCGCAAGAACCAACUCUGAUCUCAGUCUCACAGGUACCCAUUUAUCUCGGGGUGGAGAGAAGCUUAUGGUUAAAGUGUCUUGCUCAAGGACACAAGUG